AGCAAGUGCCAGUGUCGGUGAACGUUGUGUUUGGAAAAAAGUGCUCUCUCAUCAUCAUGUACUCGCAAAUCACAACCAGUGAUAACGGUGCCGCGGACCAUGUGCGUGUGGUCGACUUUCGUUCUGAUACGGUCAGCAUGCCAACACCGAGCAUGCGCCACGCAAUGUUCACCGCCGUAGUGGGUGACGAUGUGUACGGUGAAGAUCCGACCGUACGCAAGCUGGAGGAAAGAUCGGCAGCCUUGUUCGGCAAGGAAGCGGCGCUGUUUGUGCCCUCUGGCACAAUGGCGAAUCUAUUGGCGAUGAUGGUCCAUUGCUCGCGCCGUGGCACGGAAGCCAUCGUUGGAGAUAUUGCGCAUGGCUUUCUCUAUGAACAGGGCGGAGCAGCACAGAUCGCCGGUGUGCUGCUAAACACAAUCAAAAACAACGCGGAUGGAACGUUCUGUUUGAACGAGCUGGUACACAAAUUUCGGGGCUUCGACAUCCACGAACCAAACACGGUACUUGUAAUGGUGGAGAACACGCACAACAUGUGCGGUGGCAAGGUGAUCCCACUGGAAUGGCUUGAGAAACUGGCUGCGAUAUGCCGCGAAAAGGGUGCCAAAGUGCAUAUGGAUGGAGCCCGUGUAUUUAAUGCGGCUGCUUACCUGAAUUUGCCCGUCUCACGCAUUGUUCGCGACGUUGAUUCCGUGUGUUUUUGCCUGAGCAAAGGACUUGCCUGCCCGGUUGGUUCCAUUUUGCUUGGAACUAAGCAAUUCAUCAAAGACGCGCAUCGUUUGCGCAAGGCGCUUGGAGGAGGAAUGCGUCAGGUUGGGUUUCUUGCCGCCGCCGGACUAUGUGCGUUGGAUGAAAUCGUUCCAAAGCUGAAAGACGAUCAUCUUCGAACGAGACGGAUUGCUGAGGCAAUUGAUCAGCUAGGAAGUCCAAUUUUCAAGGUGGAUUUAGCUAAUCUGCAUACCAACAUCUUGAUGGUACAGAUUAUUAGUAAGCAGGUACAUUCAAGUGAUUUCGCACAUCGUUUGGCUACUGUUGCGGCCGGAGAAUUGGAGGCGGGUGUAGUUGAUUCGAACGGUAAGGGUAUAGCCGUGAAGGUAAGUGCUCGCGAUUGGGCAUUCGCACGAAUUGUUAUCUACACUAACAUAACUGAUGAGGAAGUCGAACUGGCUAUCAAAAAGAUUCGCUAUGUUGUUGCAGAAUAUGAAAAAGAUCUUUGAACAAAAUAUUGUAUG